CACGCUUGCCAGAAUCGAGAGAAAGAAUCGGCGGUAGCACUGCUAAGAAGGUUUGAGUAUGUUUUGAGAAAAUGGCUCAAAAGUUAGAAACAUUUCGCGUCCUCGUUUCUAUAGCUAUUGCCGCGCAGGCAGAAAAAGAACAAUGACGAAAUUGCAAUAAAUUUGAAAUUUUUCAGGAUCGUACCGACAUAGACGUGCUCUUCAAAAAGGUGAAGCGUUGCAGUUCAGCUAUGUCAAAUAGACGACAUCAAUCAUUAUGACAGGGCGCUGAAGGGGAAGGGCGAAGCGAACCUUCUUGUGAAAAGAUGCGUAGCAGCACAAGCCUUUCUUCGCCGGUUGGCUUAAAGUUUUUUGGGUCGAAAGGUGUUUUUUUCGGCCUACUUGCAGUGCACCGCGCGGUAGUAGCUUCCGUUGGCACCGCGGGAAAAAACCCGCUGUCUUGGAAAGAGGAGCACGCCAAAGCAUGGCGCGAGGAAACCAGAAACAAGGCAGCUACGCUAGUUCAGCGUCUAGAAAAAGACGUAGCACAGGCAAACGCAGCCUUAAAGGAACAGAAACGGGUGAAGGCUGCCUUAGCGCCACUCGUUGAUGCGGCCGUUGCGAAUGUCGCUAAAGCAAAAGCGGUACUCGAUGCGAGCAAAAAAGUGGCUGCUGAGAGCGUUGAGACUGCGUAUCCAUCGUUCUUCAUUUACGGAAUUCAAUAAAUAUGUAUCUGAAGUUUUUGAAUUUGUGGUGUAGUACCACUGGUCCUGGUGGAACCAACUAUAGCAGCCAGCACUUGUUGUAAGUCGAGGAUGUGGUCGUCGAGAUUCAUCAAGAUGAAGACAAGAAAACUUAUUCUUAUGUACAACUUCAACUAUGAGUACAACCUUUGUUCCAUGGAAGGAGCGUCUCAUCUCGGUCUCGUCUUAUAUCAUGACUUUGCAACGCAAUCUCAACAGAUCUGCGAAAGCAAAAGCCAAGGCGGAGGCUACUAUCAAGAGCCUGCGUGCUUCGGGAGACGCCUAUCUAGCGGAUUUGGAGGCUGACCGCGAAGCUGCUCUAGCCAGUGCUAAAAAAGUCACUGCGCCACCGCAAACCGAAGCCUCUGCGUACGAGAAGUACCUUCAGUCCAUGGUGAACCGCGGGGUUGACGUUUCCAGCGCCUACGCGGGCAUGGCUGUGCACACCAUGACGGACGGAAAGGCACUCCUGCGGAAGGCCAGGUUGGCGGCGGAGCGUGCCAGCAAACGGGAAGUUCCAAACCCAGAAGGCACCAUGGCUUGGGCACAUGCGGCACUGGCCUCUGCCAACGAGAAGAAGCAACAUGCACAGCGUUACUAUGACGUUGCGGGUGCAGUUUCACAGUCACUUCCCGCAUGGCAACAGAAAGCAGAGAAUGAGCGCUAGUCGUGUAGCUGCCAACUGAGAAUGAGUUGAGCGCUGGGUUUUUUUUUCCAAACAAUCUUUCUACUACCAUUAGGUAUAGGUGUUGCCGAAAAGGACUCUUUUCAACAUCGAAGAGGACGAGGUCAACAUUUUUUUGAUCAAUUCGUCGACCUUUUGUCCGAUAAGUGGCUGGAUUCAUCCCGAUUUUGUGUACGCGUUCUUGUUCAGACUGCGCAUGACAUCUGAUGAAAUGUUUGAGAAGUGAGCAAAAAAGCGCAAGCGGUCGGCCAACAACAUUUUUGAGCUAUCAGGCAAGGGAGCCCUCCGUCCUGG